CUUGUUCCCAUCCACUGGAUCUAUAUCUAUAUAGUAUGUCAGGGUUAAUAUAUACAGAAUAUACCGGAUAUUAAAUUAUAUAUUUAUCAUGGCAAGUCAUGGAGUCCCACGUUAUGACACUUCCAGACAAAGGACGGAGGGAGCGCGGCAGAAAGAGCUCCAGAAGAUACGGGCAUAUAAUGAACUUGUCCGGAUCGUGAAUUCACAGAGAGCAGAGCGCAAUUUCAGUACAGAGGCCUUGAACAAAACUUCAGAACUGCUCACUACCAAUCCAGAAUAUUAUACGAUAUGGAAUACGCGGCGCCUAAUACUGCAGCAUCAGUUUUCUAUGGCUACGUCUUCUACAGAUGGAGGAAAUAGCGAUGACCAAAUCAGGAACAUUAUCAAAUCCGAUCUUCAAUUUCUGUUCCCCCUUCUUCGGGGGUAUCCCAAGUGCUACUGGAUCUGGAAUCACCGCCUCUGGGAUCUAGAGCAAACCACGCUCCUGCUUCCGGCUUCUGUCUCCCGUAGUUUCUGGCAGGAGGAACUUGCGCUCGUGGGCAAAAUGCUCAGCCUGGAUAGUAGGAACUUCCACGGUUGGGGAUACCGUCGACAAGUCAUAUCGGCACUCGAAGAGUUGGCUUCCAACGAUGAUGCAAAAGAAGGUAAAAAUGACAGCGCACCGGCACCGAAAAGCAUGGUAAAGGCUGAACUCGACUACACAACCAAGAUGAUUGGUACUAAUCUAUCCAAUUUCUCCGCCUGGCAUAAUCGAACGCAACUUAUUUUACGGCUGCUGGAUGAACAGGCAGCUAGCAGUGAGGAACGGCAGAGGAUGUUGGAUAAUGAGCUGAAAUUGAUCCAUCGGGCUUUAAUCGAUCCAUAUGACCAGUCGCUGUGGUUCUACCACCAGAAUCUGAUGUGCACUUUUGACCCACCGCUGGCUUCGGGAACGAUGGCACCAAAUCUUACGGAUGCUGAGCGGUUAAAAUAUCUUGAGAACGAGGUUGAGGCUAUUACUGAGAUGUUGGACGGAGAGGAAGACUGCAAGUGGAUUUAUCAGGCUCUCAUUAACUGUGGCGCGAUUAUUUCUCGCGUCGAAGGGGGGAUGUCGACGGAAAUGAAACAGCGAAUUUCUAGAUGGGUAUGUGAGCUAAAAAGGCUUGACCCACUGAGGCAAGGGAGGUGGCUGGAUCUGGAGGCCUCAUUGAGCCUGUAAAAGCGGCGAUGUUUCAUGAUACACCAAAACACACAAGGUAACUACUGUACAUACAUUCCACUGCAUCUCCGCUGGAUGGAAUGCGUGGUAUUGGAUUUAUUUAUUUAUUUUUUUUUUUAAAAAAAAAGUUUUAGACGUGUGUUUCAUGGGCCGAAUAAAUUGAUAAUCUGCAUCUAGGUGCAAUGUAUGUCCAGUGUUGAAGAUUUAAGUUUCCGGGCCGCCGGAUCCAAUCAAAACCAAACCAAUAGUUAACCAACAGCUUUGGGACACCUCUAGAUUGUUGUUAUGUGUGCGCAUUUGUAUACAUUCUCCUAUUAUCCAGACUGGACAAUUGUUCGACCUUUGGGGACAAAGAGAGCGGCAACAAGGCCAAACAGAUGUACUCGAUCUCCAACUGUUGGUAGUGGUUAAGUAAACUCACUCACUCACUCACUCACUCACACAAAUACACACACACAUGCAGUUGUUUCAAUAUAAUAAUAAAAUAGGUUAGCC